UUGAGGGACAGAAUGAACUGGAGAUAGAACAGGAGAGAGAGAUGGAAGAAAAGCAGGAAGUGAUUAAGGAAGCAGAGGAAGAGUACGGGGAAAGAGAAGAGAGAGGAAAGGAAGUAAGCAUGAAGAAACAUGUAGUAGUUAAUGUUAAAGCAAAAGCACGGGAAGUUUUCAAUAGGCGUAAAGAGAGGAGGUUAGAAGUGUUGAAGGGGGAACGAGAACACAUAGAAAGAGGACAACAAAUCAGGAGGGAGAAGGAGGAAAGACGGCUGGAGAUGGAAAGAAAACAGGAGAGGGCAAGACAACAAGAGGAGCAGGAUAGAAAACGAGAGAUUGAAAUUGCUAGACAGAAAGAAAUGUUGAGACUAAGAGAGGAGGAGAGGCAGAGAGAGGAUGAGAGAGAGGAGGAGAGAAAGAAAGCCAUUAAAUGCCAUUUAUCUUUAAUUAGAGAGAGACAAAAAAUAAUACAGGCAAAAAAAAGAGAGGAGAUGGUGGAAGAGGAAAGAAGGGAGAUCCUUGAGUACAAGAGGGGUGACUUAGAGGAGGAGGAGAAGGAAUAUGACAAGGAGGACAUUCUCCCACCUGAUAAAAGUAUCAGAAGGAGAGCUGUCGGCUGGGUGAAUAAAACAUGGGAGAAGAGGAACCUCAGAAAGAUAGAGAGAACGUAUCAGAGAGAGGCUGAGGAGGGCCAUAAGAUCGUCCACAUAGGUAAGACCUGUUUUCCCUCUACUUAUGACAUCAUCCUCUGUAGUCUCCUCUACACACAUACGUUCCACACCAGUCAUCAUGUUGCAUCAGUUCAUAAGAAACACACACAAAAACGUGUUUUGGGGGGAUCCGGGGGCUACUAGUGGCCAUGGGGCCCUAAGCGAUCACAUAUGCCCUGGCACUAUACAAAGAAUAGGUGCCAUUCUGGACACACGUUCAAUUUAGGACCAUGUCAAUUCGGGAUGGGAAUUAUUGCACUUUAUUGACACAUUCCAUGCCUUGCUCAACUGAAAAGAGUAAAGAAUCAUUGAGAUCCAAUUGUGUUUUCUAUUCUUCAUUCCCUGUGUCCAUUACAUUUAAGUUGAUACCAGAUCCACUAAGUUGAAUGUAAACUCUACUUCUUCUCCCCUCCCAGCCAUCCCUGGACACACAAGGCUAACAUCCACCAUGACCCGGGCAGAGAGAGAGAGGGAGAAGAGGAAGGAGCUGCUGAAGGCUGAGGAGAGAAGGAAGAAGAUGGAGGAUUUCAAUAAGCAGUGGAGAGAGAGGUCCCUGCUUAAAAAACACACUCAUCAAAAACUGAAGGAGGAGAGGGAGAGGAUGAAGGAAAACUACCUGGAUCAGAUGAAUCUGGAGGCUGAUGCUCAAAUCAACACCCGGUGUCUAACCACCCAACACAGCCACGAUUACAACCACGGUCAGGAGUUGCCCGGAUGGGCCACAGGCCAACAAGUAAGCCAAGAGCCCACUGGAUCUGCUGAUGGCCACCAGGAAAGGCCAAGGAGGCAACAGGCAUGGGCAGAGAACCAGGAGGGGAGUUCAGAGAACCAGCAGGAGGGGCCAGAGAACCAUCAGGGGGGGCCAGACAGCCAGCAGCUAGAAGCUCCAGAAGAGGCUGAAACAUCAGAGCCAAUCUCCAACACAAAGACAAAGAAAAAGCCAAGCAUCUGGAAGAAAAUUAGGAUCAGCCUUCCUGAUGUGCUGUCUGCCUAGAGCUGGAACUCGAUGAAGCCACAGUUCCACUGAGGUUACGUUGGUAAUUAAAAGUGUCGCCCAAUAAUUUUUCCUCCUCUUUAAGUCAUCGAGCCACAUUUCCUCCUCAAAACAUUAUAGUCUCCUCAAGCCAGCAAGUAUCCUCUUUAUCAGGCAACAAACCAUCGAAGGUCAGUGAUCCUCCUCCCAAGAACAGAGACUCUCAUCUGUAUCCUAGUUAAAUUCAUCUCUGAUCACCACCUCUACAGUCCUAGAAAAUAUCCCAAAAAUGGAAAUGGUUUCAACAGAAGUCCUCCCCUCAGACCAGUGGCUCCACAGACCAGAGUUUCUCAUCUUUAUUCAAGUUGAAUGCAACUCUGAUCAUUUCCACCACCUCUCCUGUUAAGGGGAGGUGCUGAAAAGGAGGUCUGGGAGGAGGUCUGCAGGUAGCCUGGACCGGACCGGUAGCAGCUAAGUUGCUGGCUCCAUCCCCGGGCAGAGCUGCUCAAGUCAGGCCAGUGAUGUUUGAUGAUGUCAUUUUUGAUAGCAAAGUUUUAUUCUUUAAUAAAAGCAUUUAGUAAAAAAGCAAUAUUGUUGUUACGGUGUGGAUUGUUUUGUUAUUUAUUAGAAUUGAAACAUCCAGUAGUCAUGGUAGAUGUUAGACUUUCAAUGAGAC